AUGUCGCCUUCGUUCCCCAGCCCGUCGCCUUCGUUCCCCAGCCCGUCGUCUUCGCUCAGCCCGUCGUCUUCACUCAGCCCGUCGUCUUCACUCAUCCCGUCGUCUUCGCCCAGCCCGUCGUCUUCGCCUAGCCCAUCGCCUUCUCUCCAUCCGCCCGUCGCCUCUGUCAAUCAGCCCGUCGCCUUCUGUCCCUCCGCCCGUCGCCUUCUCUCCCUCCGCCCGUCGCCUUCGCUUCCUCCGCGCGUCGCCCUCACUUCCCCCCCCUGUCGCCCUCGCUUCCCCCACCCAUCGCCCUCGCUUCCCCCACCCAUCGCCCUCGCCUUCCUGGCCUCGCCUUCCUCUACCCCUCUCAUCGCCCGUCUGUACCCCCUCCAUUCCCCCACGCUUCGCUUCACUCUCACCCACAUCCUCGCACAAAGUAAAACCUCCUUCCUCCUUCUCCCUUCCUCGUUCCCCCUUCCUCACUUCCUCCCUUCCAUCGUACGGGCUUCCCAGCUUUCUUCCCCCCGACUCACUCUCUUCCCACCGCUCACUCUCUCCUUCCCCCACUCACUUUCUGCCCUGCUGCUGACUCUUCUCUCCCCCACUCACUUUCUUCCCCCCCGCUCACCCUCUUUCCCCCCUCUCACUUGCUUCCCCCCUGGUCAUUUUCUCCCCUCCUGCGCUCUCUCUCCCCCCCUGCGCACUCUCUCCCCCCCUGCGCACUCUCUCCCCCCCUGCGUACUCUCUCCCCCCCCGCGCACUCUCUCCCCCCCUGCGCACUCUCUCCCCCCCUGCGCACUCUCUUGCCCCAUGCGCACUCUCUCCCCCCCCUGCGCACUCUCUCCCCCCCUGCGCACUCUCUCCCCCCUGCGCACUCUCUCCCCCCCUGCGCACUCUCUUCCCCCAUGCGCACUCUCUCCCCCCCCUGCGCACUCUCUCCCCACCUGCGCACUCUCUCCCCCCAUGCGCACUCUCUCCCCCCCCUGCGCACUCUCUCCCCCCCUGCGCACUCUCUUCCCCCAUGCGCACUCUCUCCCCCCCCUGCGCACUCUCUCCCCCCCUGUGCACUCUCUCCCCCCAUGCGCACUCUCUCCCCCCCCCCUGCGCACUCUCUCCCCCCCUGCGCACUCUCUCCCCCCCCUGCGCACUCUCUCCCCCCCUGCGCACUCUCUCCCCUCCUGCGCACUCUCUCCCCCCCUGCGCACUCUCUCCCCCCCUGCGCACUCUCUCCCCCCCUGUGCACUCUCUCCCCCCAUGCGCACUCUCUCCCCCCCCUGUGCACUCUCUCCCCCCCUGCGCACUCUCUCCCCCCAUGCGCACUCUCUCCCCCCCCCCUGCCGCACUCUCUUCCCCCCUGCUCACUCUCUCCCCCCCUGGUCACUUUCUCCCCGCCUGGGCUCACCCCUCUUUCCCCUCUGUUUACGCUCUAUUCCCCUUCGUUCAACUCCUCCUAUACAUGCCCUUCUGUACCUCCUGCUUAUUUGCCACACCCCUUCCUUCCCCAUUCCUUCACACAACCAUGCUUGUACAGGUGCCCAGCACCAAGGGUUGCAGGUUUAUUGCAUGCAUUGCAGCAGACAGUUGCUGGUUUUGUGCAUUGUGCCUAUAAUAUACCCUUGA